AUGGAAUUACCCACGGAAAUUUUAGCACAGAUUGUAGCUAGUGGGCUCGACAGUUUCGCAACUGCUAAAUCAUGGUGCGAGAUCUCCCCUUAUUUCAAAUCGCAGGUAACCAAGAAUCUUGGAAUUGUCGUCGUCACAGAUCUAAGUUCACCCAAUUCCGAAGACACCUUAGACCCGCUGAAUUACAAUAUUAUGAGUAGCGACCUGAAUACCGUGUUUACAAAUUCCGAUCAGUUUGAUGCGAUAGGAGUUAAAACAUUUGCAAGCGGAUAUGGAAGUAUCCUAAUUGUAAUAGUCAGUGACAGGGCAUUCAGUGAUCCAUUAUUGACAACUCUGACGCAACUAACAGAAGACUUGGCCAAUUGUGCUAAGCAUACUCCAAAAAAUAUAUGUGUCUUAUACAAGACCACAUGUAACUACAUUAGUAAGAUGUAUUUUCGGCAGUUCUUCUUGAGUAAAAGAUUAUUAAGGUUGUGUGAGCUGCACGUUUUAGGGAAUAAGAACUGGAAUGAAACUGAUAUGUGUGAUUUAGAUAUGAUAUUCGAAUUGACAUAUUUACAUGAUAUCCAAACUCUUUACAGUUUAAACAUCCGAACUAUGUCAGACAAAAUUAUUGCACCGUGUCUCCGUGCAAUACGUCAAUUGGAAGUCACUCCGUCGAUAAAAUUGGACCAUUACCUUUCUAACUGUCCGAGAAUUCUGCAAAUUGAGCAAUUCAAGCUACCCAGUGGACUAGGUAAAGAACCUUACGUUCUUCCAAAAUGUGAGUCCCUAACUUUGGUGAAUUUUAAUCCAGAUGUCCGUCAUUUAAAAGUGGAUGGCACUAACGUUUCAAAGGAACUGAUAAUUAUGACAUCUCAAAAAAUAGAAGGUUCGACGUUUUCAAACUUGAACUUCCCAAACAUAACCAAGCUUAAGGUUGAGUUACCACUACUCACUAUGGGAGAGAUUACCUUUUCUAACUGUUUAUUUCCACAACUUGUCUAUUAUGAUUGUUCCCCUUCACUUACACUCACGAAUUGGGAGAGUCUAGUAUCUACAGGUGCGGACAUAGACAUGCUCAAAAUGUCAAUAAGUAAUCACAGGGAUUUAUGGUCACUCAAAAAAUGUCCUUUCACUGUAACCAAAAAGCUUACAAUAACUUCUGCGCGUCCGGAAGAAGUUACUGCAUUAUUAAUUGAUGAUAUGGACCUGGAUACAGACCAGCCCGGCUGGUCGAAUGCCAUAUCAUUUUGUGAUAGAGUAAAACUAUCUUUGAGAUCUUUGUGGGAUUGUAUAAUAUUCCAAAAUCUGAUUCUACCCAGAAUUUCAAGCCAGUGCUCGCUCUGCAUUGGCAUAAAUACACCAGGUGUGUAUCAAUCAUUUUCGAAGUUGUAUCAAAAAGAAGGGCCAGAUGUUACAGAACUAUUAGCACGAUGGAAUAUGCACUUUUUCAACAAUACCUUUCACUUCUAUUUUCCAUCUUUGAAAACCUUGACGCUCCACGAAUUAGCCGACAGUUCGAGUGAAAUAAUCUUCGAUAUGACAGAAAAAUUUCCGAGCUGUGAUGUGCCCAAUCAAUAUACGGACCCUCUGGUUUCUGAUCCGUAUGUUACCAACCUUGCAAUAUCUCCUUCUGAGUUUCGAAGGAAUAGUUUAGCAGGUAUUGACUCUGUAACGGCGAGGCGAAAUAGUGUUCUCAAAAUUGGAGGUAAUCCCUCCUCUUAUUAUCUACGGAAGAGAAGUUCAGGUAGCUAUUCAUUAGGUCAGAGGCCUGAUAUUUCAAAAAGUUUAUUACUAACUCGAUCGGAAGACGCCAGUCUUGCUAGCCAAAACUUCUUUCAGUUUGCCCUCGGGGACCCUGAUAAUGUCCCAGAAACCAUUACGACAACCCUGGAUAUACUAGAAAACUGUCUUGAUUUACGUGAAUCUAAAGCGCAAAUACAAAGAUUGGAGAUUUUUCUGACAAAUAUAAACUGCAAAGACUUAUCUAUUGCUCAAAUUUUGGCCGAUAUUUAUGAGAGAGUCAUCGACAUAUUGCAUCAUCCAAUUUUGAAGCCUUCUGGAAAGUUUUUGUGUAAGGAAGUUGAUAUGCAGCUGCCUCUCGUUACUAAUAAUGACAUUAACUUUGAAACUUUAUUGAGAGAUCUGCAAAACUUUUUGAUCACUAAGGGAUUGGUCAACAUUCAAAGUUUUAGGGUACACGAAUCAUACUGCAAUACAGUUCUACUUCUUAGAUCUCGUGUUUGUGAAUAA